CAUUAAUGUCAAAGUAAAAAUCCUCCAUUUGCAAGAAACAAACGUCUUUAACUGCGCGGGGUCGGAUGAAUAUUCAGCAAGUUUGUUUCUAUAAAUAAGUUUUUAAUAAAUAAAAAGUAUUCUUAGUGAUUUGUUGUAAAUUUUGGACUAAUAAUGGCUACUCAACCUCAUAGUCGGAAGAGAGUGUGUUAUUAUUACGACAGUGAUAUUGGUAAUUACUACUAUGGUCAGGGACAUCCGAUGAAGCCUCAUAGGAUAAGGAUGACGCAUAAUUUAUUGCUAAAUUAUGGGCUUUAUAGGAAAAUGGAAAUUUAUAGACCGCAUAAAGCAACAGCUGAAGAAAUGACCAAAUUUCAUUCAGAUGACUAUAUUCGUUUUCUGAGAUCAAUCAGACCUGAUAACAUGGCUGAAUAUAACAAACAGAUGCAAAGGUUUAACGUUGGCGAGGACUGCCCAGUAUUUGAUGGACUUUAUGAAUUCUGUCAGUUAUCUGCUGGAGGUUCGGUAGCUGCUGCUGUUAAACUAAAUAAGCAAGCUUCAGAGAUAUGUAUAAAUUGGGGAGGAGGUCUGCAUCAUGCCAAAAAGUCAGAAGCUUCAGGCUUUUGUUAUGUUAAUGACAUUGUACUUGGUAUUCUCGAGUUGUUAAAGUAUCAUCAGAGAGUACUGUAUAUUGACAUUGAUGUUCAUCAUGGAGACGGAGUUGAAGAAGCUUUCUACACAACUGAUAGGGUCAUGACGGUAUCCUUCCACAAAUAUGGAGAAUAUUUUCCAGGGACUGGUGAUUUAAGGGAUAUUGGAGCUGGUAAAGGUAAAUACUAUGCUGUCAAUAUUCCUUUAAGAGAUGGAAUGGACGACGAAGCAUACGAGAGUAUUUUUGUACCUAUUAUCAGCAAGGUUAUGGAAACUUUCCAGCCCAGUGCAGUGGUACUACAAUGCGGCGCUGACUCUCUAACUGGAGACAGACUGGGUUGUUUCAAUCUAACGGUGAAAGGCCACGGAAAAUGCGUGGAAUUCGUAAAGAAGUACAACCUCCCAUUCAUGAUGGUCGGCGGCGGAGGCUACACCAUCCGAAACGUUUCCAGAGCGUGGACGUACGAGACGUCCGUCGCUUUGGGCGUAGAGAUCGCCAACGAGCUGCCCUACAACGACUAUUUCGAGUACUUCGGCCCCGACUUCAAGCUCCACAUCAGCCCCAGCAACAUGGCCAAUCAGAACACUCCCGAAUACUUGGAAAAGAUCAAGACGCGACUGUUCGAAAACCUGCGCAUGUUGCCGCACGCUCCGGGUGUCCAGGUGCAAGCCAUUCCCGAGGACGCGAUCAACGAGGAAAGCGAUAACGAGGACAAGGUGGAUAAGGACGAAAGGCUGCCGCAAAAGGAUCUGGACAAGAGGAUAGUGCCGGACAACGAGUUUUCCGACAGCGAGGACGAGGGAGAGGGCGGCCGGAGGGACAACAGGAGCUACAAGGGCAGGAAACGGCCGCGACUGGACAAAACGGAGAACAAGGAAAGCGAGGAAAAGCCCAAGGAGGAAGUUAAGGCAGAUAAAG